ACAUUGAAUUGCCGCUCUUUCUUUAUCAUUAUUUUUGUGGGAAUUUCUUCACAAGUUCUAACAAGCAACGUUUGAUGGAUUCAUUUGCUUGAAAGCUGGAUAAAGUGUUAGUCACUGAAGACUGGAUUCUUUUCCUUUUGCCCAGACGUGGCGAUACUAUCACCUGCCUUACUUUCUGAUCAGUGCCCUAGUCUUGUAGAUUUUCUCCUGAUCUUGCUAAGUCAAAAGAAGCCUUUCAUAUUUAUAAUCAUUGGAUGGGAUGAAUCUUUGUGAUUUUCCAGAUCUGGUCGUUGUUGGGGUUCCCAAUACAUUGACUCUACUUCAAGCCUAGGAGAUUGAAGGAAAGGGGGCCUUCAAUUAAGAUGUUCAUUUUGGUAGGUCAGCCUGUUUCUGCUUUACUUAUGAUUUAUGUUGCUCUGGGUUAGUCGCAGUCCAGCUCGGUUGCUCAGUCUGCAAGAAAAGACGAACAUACACAAACCCACAAGAGGGAAAUGAAAAACAAAGAUGGUGUUAUAGCCAUAUGCCCUUCUUCGAGUCUCAAAGAUUUCUUUGUUACGGUGAACGUACCAAAGAGCAGGCCCUUCAAAAGAGUUGAGAAAAUCUAAACAAAUAACUGACCUUGUUCGUCAGUUGUCAUGGAUGCGCACAGUUUCACUGAUGUCAAUCCUGCGAAAGAUUAACGCCAUCAUCCAGAUGAGAUCGGCGCAUCACUUAGUGAAUCUCUGGCAUGAAAAAACCAAGAUCCUUUGAAAGAACUAUGAAAAUCUGAACAAACACUGAGCCCUUCAGCAAUUCACAAUGCUGCUUCACCAGGGAUUCACUAGUGAUAAAUUCUGUAUCAGGUACAUUUUUCCCAUCUCCCAUCUCUACAUUGGGUUGUCACUGGGAUGCGACCAAUGCUUCUUCCAAUGAGGAAAAAUUUGAAAAAAUAACAGGCGAACUUCUCCUUUUAUGACACUUUUAGGGCUAUCCGUGUUGAAAAUUCUUACCAUGAAGCGCUUCUUGAGGGCAGUAAGAUCCAACCAUACUAUUUCACAGGUCUCAUAUGUUUUUGUGUGAUGACCAGAGCGAGAGGAUUAGAUAAACGAUUGAGGCAGUUAAACAUGUAUAUAUGCAUAGCAAGGAUACAAGAAAUGAACCUCUUACCAUACGAUCCUAUAGAUGCAGCCAAACAUGUAUGUAUGUAUGUUCAAGCAAUGAAAAUGAGUACAUCAGCGGCUGCUCGAUCACAGAAGCCGAUGGAAGGCCUAAUCACUCGCAAUCUAAAUCAGCACUGAGAUCUCAUCGCAUUAGCUUGGAGCAGGUUUCAAACGCUUCUUCACAUUCUGUCUAGCACUUUUGCCAAAUGCAAACACGGUCCUCAAUCAAACGGGAAAAGGAAAGUAUAAAAAAGGAAAUAGCAACGAGUGAUUGAGAAUCUCGUGAACCACAGAACUGUUGGAACAAAAAACCUAUCAAACGUUCACUUAUAAAUUCAGGACACGCUGCCUGGUUAUUUCCUGUUUCGAAACACCAUUCUCUACCGCACGUGCCCAAGAAAAGAACGCCUUAAUCAGGAAAUAAACCGGCUUGACCUGAUCCUUCCUGUGCUCCAGGCUUGCCCUGGUCUAUAAAUGUCGUUAGUGUCAAGUCCUGUCACCAGUGUCCUGAGUCCCUUUCACCACCGCAAAGUAGAAGAGUCACCAGAGAGAGAGAGAGAGCGACGUGUGAGAAGCGAUGGAAAGGGUGACCCACAACGAGAAGAGUAAUGUUUUGAGCGAGUACGGUGAUCAGUUCCCAAAGGGUGUAAGGGUUCUCGUGGUUGACGACGACGUGACCUGUCUCCUCAUUCUGGAGAAGAUGCUUCAAGAUUGUUCGUACCAAGUGACCAAGUGCCAGAGAGGAGAGGAGGCACUAUCGAUGAUUCGAGAGAAUAAGGGCGGGUUUGAUAUUGUCUUGACAGAUGUUCACAUGCCUGGCAUGGAUGGACUUCAGCUUCUUGCCGAGAUUGCUAACAUAGGGGUAACCUUGCCUGUAGUCAUGUUUUCAAGCGAUUCCGAAAAGGACACUGUCUUGAAAGGAGUGAAUAGCAGGGCUUGCGACUUUCUAGUGAAGCCGAUUCAAAUUAACACCCUCAAGAUUCUUUGGCGACACAUGCUUCGAAGCAAUCGAUCACCAAGCAAGAAUUCUACUAAAGAAUUGGAAACGCUGCACAAUCCGACCACAUCUUCAUCUAACAAUACCCGUACUCGGGCAGAGAAUGAGGAAGAGAACUCUAAAAGCUCGAAAAGGAGCAGUGAAGAGGAAGCCGAUCAUGGCCAGAGCAAAAGCAGGGCGAAGAAACCUCGCUUGGUAUGGACACCUGAGCUCAACCAGAUGUUUAUCACGGCCGUCAAUAGUCUUGGAAAGGAUGAUGUCAAACCCAAUAAGAUACUGCAAAUUAUGAGGAAAAUGACGGGUGUUCCUCCUCAUCUCACCAGGCAGAAUGUCUCCAGCCAUCUUCAGAAAUACUGCAUGAACUCCAAGAAGACAGGUGAAGCCUCAAAGCAUCAAAGUACACAUUCUUCUCUCAUUAACAGCCCUGGCUUCGCCAAUCUGACUCAUUCCACUCCGCCAUCGUUGUCAUUAAUCAGUUCCGGUGGUAUCCAAAACUGCACCACUUCAGCUCAAUAUCCAUCACGAGCUAUGGCUAUCGCCCCUGGACGGCAGUGCACAUGUUGUAGCAUGAGGAUGCCCAAGUUGGUUGAGUUCCCAGAUCAUAACGCGUCCCCAAUGUACCAAACAGGGCUCCAACCACAACCGCUUGUGCCGUUGCAGCAACCGAACCCACUUCUCCAGAACCACAGUUGCCAACAGCAAGCGAAUGAAUCAGCUCAAUGCCCCUCGUAUGCUCCCACGCCAUCCGUGGGGUUCACCUCACCAAUGAAUGCCGCCGCAGGACACUAUCUUUCCGCCACUACUAACCCACAUCCAUUGCACAGCCAGAUUCCAACACAUGACAUUCAAAGCCUUAAUUCAAGUGCUCCCCAUCUUGCCUCUGAGCGGGGCCUGCCUGUCGCCCUCAGUACCAUUGGAGCCAAAGCAAAUAAAUCCUGCGGCACCAAUAUCCUCGCUGCCGAAGGAGAGUUUUAUUGCGGGAACGACCAUAAUCAAGUUGCUGAGGAUUGCCAAGUAUAUACUGAGGAGGCUAUGUUUGCAGAUAUUCUUGAUCUGGAUAUCUUUGAGGAUCUUGGGUUUGGGGAAGGCAUUCCUUUUCUCGACAGCUACAUCCAGGACAACGGUACAAUGUAGGAGAAGAGAGAGUAAUCUUCCUGCAUUAUAGGCAUAGUUCUGUUAAUAAUAGCAUAGAUGAAUUUGACUCUGGUUAUUCUGGUUUGUAUUGA